AUGACUCAGUUUCUUCACAUUCCACUGAUUGUCCUGCUGCUGAUCCCGUCGAUCUUGCAGAAAUCAUUUUGCAAUUCAAUAAUCAAUCCAUCGAAAGUCAAAACCAUUUCAUGGAAACCCAGAGCAUUUGUGUACGAAGGUUUUCUCACGGAAGAAGAAUGCAACCAUUUAGUUUCUCUUGCGAUUACAAUAAGCACAAAUUCGUGGACAAAUGCGGGGCAUGCUGUAAAUCAAAUAUACGACCUUCUUUACAUGAUGGGUAGAGAUGACGUAGCCGUUGGGAUCGGAGGUGAAGGAGGAAUACUUGAAGACGGCAGCAUUUUGCCAGAUGUUGGGGGAUAUUUUCCUAUUAUCGAUCAACAGGGCAAUUCCACAGUCGGAAAUUGCAGAUAUAGUCAAGUUAUUCCAUUAGGUCUUCGAGGAAGAUUAGACAUCGACACAAAAUAUGGCCACAUAAAAAGCUUUCUACCACAGGGCAGCAGGAAAUAUUUCCCUCUACGUCAGCCCACAACCCAACAAGUAAUGGUGGACAAAAUAUCUGGUGGGCCAAUUUCAAUAUUAAGCGUUGGUUCAAGUACCAAUUUGGCAAUUUUCCUAAUGUCCUAUCCACAUUUGAAGAAAAAUAUAGAGCAUAUAUACAUCUUGGGUGGUGGUGUGGGCCCCAGGCGUCUGAAUUGCCCCACAAGUUCCACGUCAUCAUGUCCUAGUGGCAAUGUAUACACGGGUGACAAUACCGCUCCAGAUGCGGAAUACAACUUCUUCACUGACCCUUUUGCUUCGUACCAGAAGAACCAACACACCUUUGAGGCCCAAUUUUGUUUCAAGGUCUUGAAAAUGGUGUGUGAUACUUGGGGCCCAAAUUUCUCCAAGAUUUUUUUCAUGUGGGAUUCAUUUUUAGCGGGCGUGGCUACUUCAAUCAUGUCCAAAGAAAACAACAUAAACGGCGAAAACGAAUUUGCGGACAUGGAGUUUAAGAAUAUCACGGUCGUCACUUCAAACAAGCCUUAUGGGAUAUCCGACGAUUUGUCGAACCCAUUCUUUGUUGGCGUUAACAAACCCAAGUUCCAAUUGAAGCGUAACGGCGUUCAUAGCGGCCAUGUUUUGACUGGACCGGGAGAUCCUUUUUGCAUUGCCCGGAAUGGGUGCAUGGACGGAUCUACACGACAAGUAGCUGGUCAACAAGGAGUGCGUGUUCUUGUUGCUGUAAGAGCAAAGCCUAAUCCUAAUAAGCAAAGAACAUUAGACAAAGCUUUCUACCAACACUUUCUUGAUGUCAUAAACCAGCCACAUCAAACAGGAAAGUACAACUUCACAACACAGUUUCCUCACUACAGAGAAGUCGCCAACUUACCAGAUUUGACGGGGCGAAAACGUGGAAAGGCUGUCGUUUUUGACAUGGAUAUGAGUCCCGGAGAUUUUCUCGCCCUCAUUUAUCUCCUCAAAGUACCUGUCGAAGAAAUACAUCUCAAGGCAAUACUAGUGACUCCUACUGGAUGGGCAAAUGCAGCAACAAUCGACAUAAUCUAUGAUUUGCUGCACAUUAUGAAACGUGAUGAUAUCCUUGUUGGCCUCGGAGAUACAUAUGCAACUAAUCAGACUUAUCCCAACUUCAAAUCCAUUGGAAGCUGCAAGUAUAGAAAAGCCAUCCCGCGCGGCGCAGGAGGCUUUCUCGACUCGGACACAUUAUACGGCUACGCUCAUGAUUUGCCUCGAAGCCCUCGGAGGUACACAUCAGAGAAUUCGGUGAGCCAUGGAGCUCCUCAGGACACUGAUCACCCGGAACUCAGGCAACCACUGGCUUUAGAGGUGUGGAAUUCGGUUAUCGAUUCACUGGGCUCGAGAUCUAAAGUUACCGUCUUGACAAACGGGCCAUUGACAAGUCUUGUGCAAAUUGUUGUUUCGAAUAAGAAGUCUACAUCUCGCAUUCAGGAGGUUAUUAUAGUUGGAGGACAUAUCAGCGAAGACAUGAAUGAUGAAGGAGAUGUGAGAAACAUUCCCUUGAACAAAUAUGCAGAGCUCAACAUGUUUCUUGAUCCUUUGGCUGCGAAGACGGUCUUCAACUCAGGCCUCAACAUCACCCUCAUCCCCCUCGCCGUCCAACGUGGGGUCCGCCAAUUCAGUUUGGCCCUCUCACCUCUCAAAACAAAAAAUUCUCCUGAGGCUGUUUUCGCGACAAAUUUGCUCUCCACGUUGGAGUGGUUGCAUAAGGCUCAUUCUAGCUACAGAGACAUUGACAUGUUCUUGGGGGAAAUUCUCGGUUCGGCAGUCUUAGCGGGUCACGAUUCGUUUCUAAAAACGACAAGUUAUUCACUCAAGAAGAUUGAAGUGUUGUCGACAGGUAGCGAAUCUGAAGAUGGAUGGAUGAUUACAGAUCAAAACAAACAUACUACAGUGAGGGUAUUGGAAAGUGUGAGCCCACUGGCUUUUUACGAUACUUUUGCGAAUCGACUUGGUGCUAAGGAGCAAUCGGCUGAAACCGGAAGCUUUUCUAUGAAGAGAAAAGGAAAAUGGCAUCAAGGAAAGAUGCCAUAG